UCAACCGCAGCUCGCACGCCGUGUCGCACCGUGCGCCGCGCAGGCAGGUCAAACACUCGCGCGAACCUCCCCGCCAACGCGCCAGCGCCACCCGCGAGUGCGAUGCGCCAGUGAGUGAGAACGGAGAGCGAAGCAGAAGCAGGAGCGCGUUCUGAUUUCGUAGCCGCCUCAGCCCCGAUGGAGACGGACCAGAUCCUGUCCAGGACGUCGCUCAAGCCCACGGCGCCCGAGUUCGUGCCUUCGUCGGCGCCGACAGCGACGGCACCCGCCGGCACAAUGGACGCCGUCAAGGAGGUCCCGGUGCCCGACAGCCCCGACGACUCGGACGACGACGUGCAUGUGGUGCUGCGCCCCACCGGCGAGGUGCCCUUCAGGCCGCCGCCGAUGCAGCACCGUGACACCACCGACAGCCUCGCGUCCACGGAUAGCGAGCGCUCCGUGGACAGCCCCGUGCGUGACAAGGACGACAGCGCCAACCUGGGCGACCGUUCAGACUCGGGCUCCGAGGCGGGGGUGAGCGACGCCGAGGACCGUAAGGUCGUCACAGAGUCCAACAAGAACUCGGCUGCCAACGCCGACGACGACCUUCCACCGUUCGACCCUCCGGACGAAGAACUGUCGCGCCGCAUUGUGGACCAGGUCGAGUUUUACUUCUCAGACGUGAACAUAACCAAAGACGCGUUUCUGCUGAAGCACGUGAAGCGCAACAAGGAGGGCUACGUCAGCCUCAAGCUCAUCUCGAGCUUCAAGAGAGUCAAGCACAUUGCUCGGGACUGGCGCGUGGUGGCAUUCGCCCUCAAGCAGUCCACAAAGCUGGAGAUCAACGAAGCCGGCACCAAGCUGCGGCGCGUUGACCCACUGCCCGCGUACGACCAGACCACGCCGUCACGCACUGUGGUGGCCAUCAACCUGCCCCACGACAAGCCCACCAUCGAGAGCGUGGCCGAGCUGUUCCGCUGCUGCGGGGACAUCGCCCUCGUGCGCAUCCUCCGCCCGGGCAACCCCAUCCCGGCGGACGUGCGCGCCUUCGUGACCAAGCACCCCGAGAUGCACGGCGUGGUGUCCGCGCUCGUCGAGUUCGUCCGCACCGAGUCGGCGCUCACCGCCGUGGCCAAGCGCGACUGGGACUGGCGCUACUCCGCCGGCGACCUGAGCGGCAUGCGCGUCCUCGAGCUGAACGCGCCGCCCGCGGCCGCGCCGCCCGCCAAGAAGCGCGCCGCCAACAAGAAGAACAUCCUCGGCAAGGAACCGCAGUCGGAGUACGCGUCCGGCUCCGAGGCAGAGGGCGAGCACCAGCGCUAUAUCCGCUCGCUGCAGCAGCGCAGAGGCUCCUCGCCCCUCGACUGUCAGCCCGGCAAGCACUGGCUGCAGCGCCGGUACUCGCGGGACUCGGGCUGCGAGGACGGCUACUACGGCUACCACCGCGCGCCCAGCUCGGGCUCGCUGUACGGCUCGGGCUCCGAGUACUCGCGCAGCCGCUCCAACUCGGCGGCCUCGUUCGACCUGCCGGUGGGCACGGCGCUGGGCCCGCGCCGCAUGUCGGCCGGCUGGGACUCGGGCUCCGAGUCGUGCUGCUCAGGCCGGUCCUCGCGCUCCAACAGCGCCGCCUUCAUCCUGGACGGCGUCCACGGCCACGGCAUCACCGCACUGCGCCGCUGCUCCGGCAAGGACUCGGACUCGGACGGCUACGGCUCCUUCCGGUCCAGGAAGAGCUCGGGCGGCUCGGACCUCAGCAGCCGCAGGGACAGCGGCGCGUCCACGGGGCCCUGCUACCUGGGCGGGCGGCGUGGCAGCGGCGCCUCGACGGGCAGCGGCGUGCUCGAGGAGGAGGUGUUCCUGGGCCGCCGCGGCUCCGGCCACCACCAGGGCGGCCACCACCUGGAGCACCAGCUGCUGCGGCGCAUGGCGGCGCUCGGCCUGGGCGGCGAGCACCACGGUGGUCACGGUGCCCACGGCCACCACCACCACCACGACUGCUGCUCGUGCGCCUGCUCGCGGCCGCCGCCGCCGCUUCACGACCACCACCACGUGCCGCCCUCCCCGGGCGGCUUCGGACCGCGGCGCAACUCCGGCGACCUCUCCAGGAAGCCGGCCGUCCUCUUCGCGGCUGCCGCAGCCGCGGCGGCCUCCGCCUCGCAGCCGUCUGUCGUCGGCGAGCACGCCGCUGUCCGGAGGCUGUCGGGCGCCGGCGUCCCCGAGAACAUCAUGCGGUUGCCACGGGGACCUGACGGCGGCCGCGGCUUCACCCGCGAGAACGACAUCCCGGAGGUGUGCUAGUGUAUACCCUGUACUGCCGGGGAGGGCCAGUUGCCACGCCGGCCUCCCCUCCCCGACGAGGCCGGUGUCGCCCUCGUCCUGUAACGACUCCAAACUGUAAGGUACGGGAGCCCUGGCGUCCCUGAACGUCGCGUCCGCCCCGCCGGUACCAACAUCGCCUGAAAUUUAUCGCACGCGCAGUGCCGCCAACUGUCCAUCCGUGAAAUAUGGCGUAGGCGUCGCUCUCUCCCGUGCGGACGGGACGGCCGCUGAUGACGAGCGAAGGACCUUCACGCGAGGAGUGUUGUGUUGUUACUCGAUCAGUAGUACAGUAACGCGUUUAGCAGUAAGUCCAGCCUGUAUAGUCAGUAUAGUGCCAAUGGACGCAGCUCGGCGAGGAGGUGCGGCGGCCUUCCUGGCCGCGGUCUCCUCGGGCUGCGCGGCCACUGGAGAGUGACGGCGCCGGGGUGGGCUUUCCCUCCAUUCGGACCGCUUAACCCGCGAAGGUCUCUGAAUUAGGAAAGCAAGGAGGGUCGCGGACGACGACGUCCUUAGAGGCGGAAGG